CGAUAAAAGGAAACUGAUAUAUGUAUCUUGAUCUGUUAGUGAUUAUGUGUUUCUUUUAGUUUUGGGGGUUGAUGUGGGCUCUAUAUGAACGUUUGAUGCUGCAAUCCUCUCACUCUUGUCCAGUCUUUUAUUAUCUCAAUCACCCUUUUAGUUCACUUUACUUAAAACCCAACUACACAAGACUUCUAGAUCAGGCAAUCAUAUAUUGUUUCCUACAAAUUAUGACCUAUCUUCAAACAUUGCUGAUAAACUCCCUCCUGCAAGAGAACUGUUUUUGUUACUAGCAUAUCAGAGUUUCUUUAUCUUGUCUACACAUUGAUCAUGACAGUAGUAGUUUAUUUGUUUGUCAUUCCCGGCAAUCAGGCGCAGAUUUAGUUUUACAUCUCCUUCCAAUGACAUUUUUUGAACGAAGGGAAGCAAGAUCGCUUACUAAUGCCAAGAUACAUGGAGAAUUCCGCUCGCAUGUGAAUCGUCUGCUAAUAGAUUAUCCUGAUGACUGUCCAAAGGCGCCUGAUAUUAUGUUGUUCUUUCUAUCAUGUAUUGCAGACGCAAGUGUAGUUUUACACCUCGUUUCAAUAAGAUUUUUUGGAACUUCGGGAAAAAACAUGUAUAUUGAUGGCAGGAAACUUGGAGAACUCCGCAAGGUCGUGGUAUAUCAUUAUUCUGAUAUCUGUCCGCGCCUUCUAUUGAAAGGAUUCGAAGGAAUUAACCUCUCUGGCUGGCCAGAAAUUUAUAAGGAGGAGCAGCGUAAGCUUAAUCAGGCAAAAUUUGCUCGCCGUUUUAAGGUUGCACACAAAUGAAGAUUUUUGGGUGUUCAGUCUUUCAAAGCAUUUUUGGGUAUCAAGUCUAGAAUAGUAGAUAGUUGUGACAAAAAUUCUGGGAAGAGAUUUGUAUCAAAAACAAGAAGAAUAUCUGGGUCUGCCAAUGGUUCUCAUUCUGCUCGGUUGCAGCUGCAGAUAGAAAAAUUGAAGAUGGUAAUACGACUAACUGAUGUUACGAUCCUUGCCAAGGUAGGAUGCCAAGAAACCAUUGCUGGUAUCCUUGAAGCCCAUGCAACCGGGUUCGUAUUCAUUGCCUCCGAUUUCAGUAUUUGUUUUUCUUUUGACAGUGUUAAGAAAUCCUUCUUCCGACUUGGGGACAAGAGGAUGCCGCCUCUCUUACACUUCCACUUGUAUGACCCCAUCAUGGUGGGGACAGAAAUGACAAAAGACAUCCAUUUCCAUUUGGUGCACUGCCCUCUGGGACAGGACAGGUGUGAUCAUGAUUCAGAUAAGAUUGAGAAAGGGAAUCUAAUCAGCGAUGAGGGCCUUAACAAAGAUUUGAAGAACUUUGUCGACAAAGUUCGUGAGCGAUGGAAUUUCCAGAUGAAUCCACCUUGUCUGUUUGAAGAGCUAGAGAAGGAGUACGAAUUUUAUGGGGUUCUUCCCUCAAAGGCAUCAGCUGGCUUUGCCCUGACUUCAUUUUCCCUAAUCGUGCUUGAAGAAUCACGUUUCAUUGUGGUCCCACUGCGUGACAUUGACAUUGUUAAUCUGGCACUGGUUAGACUUGGGGAAAUUGAUAUGACAGUCAUAUGUCAGGACUUCGAGGUGGACCAUGUGCAUGAAAUCAGUUCAAUUCCCUUAACCUCGCUUGCUCGCAUAAAACGUCGCCUUAACAAUGGUUGGGUGAAAUACUACGUGAACGCUGAAAAAUCAGACUGGAAGUCCGUAGUGAAAGGUAUAGUAGAUUUUCCUGCGAAGUUCAUGGAAAAUGGUGGAUGGGAUCACUAUAAUCUCGAGGAUGCUCAUACUUUCGCCUACUACAAGGAAACUGGUGUCGACCCAUUACGUGCUGCAUUAGAAGAAGGUUAAGAAAGUGGGUGGAAGAAGGGAAGAAUUUGUUAGAUAGCGAAGAAAUGGGAGUUAAGCAGGAGAAAGUUCGAUUUUAGACAAACAAGUGGAGUGUCCUUUUUGAAUGUGCAUGCAGGCGUUGGCUAUAAUGCCAAUGCUGUAGUGGUUUUUUCUUUUGAAUGUGCAUGCAGGUAUUAACUAUAAUGCCAACGUCGUCUUGAUUUCUCUUUUGAAUGUGCAUGCAGUUAUUAACUGUAAUGCCAAUGUCGUAGUAAUGGAGUUAUACUCCCAAUCUGCAGUUUGUCAAUUUCUUAUUCUUACAGGAAGAAAUUUGUGUUAAUAGAGUAGGUGCAGAUGAGUCAUCUGUUAUUACUGAACAGAUACUAAAGCUUCUUAAGUAGCAUUUUCUACUAAACGUGAAUGUGGUCUUAUUUUUUAAGUGAGCUCAUGUUUACUGGAGCUUCUUCAUUACCA